AUGUGGUCGGUGGGAGGUGGCGGCCGACUCACAAGCGAACAAGCUGACAAAUGGCGAAGGACGGAAGCCCGAGGCAGAGCGGGACGGGCUGAACGGGCGGCGGUGUGCCGGGUUGGGCUGAUGUGUGCGGCCGAGUCGACUAGCGGACAAGGCAGCCGCGCAUGCUACCGCUGGCUUGCGGCUGACGGCGGUGCUGAAUGCCGCCUUUUGAUUGGCCGGCUGCGGAUCGCCUCCACGCCAGCACACUCAUCAGUCGACCUGUCUGUGCGAGACAGUCUGGCUGGCAUAAUACGCUAUGUUUGUCCCGUGCCCGGCCGCCUGUCUGCCCUACUCGCCUGCACGCUGCCUGCCUACCCGCGCGCCUACUUGCCUGCGCGUCGGGCCAGUGUGGACGGGCAAAUCAGUCCGAUCAGUGGCUUAUCGAUCCGCGGGCCAAGUGAGCCGAUCGCCCAGACCAGGCGCCUCAGAAGUGCUGCUGGCCGCCGCCUGGCCCAACCGGUCGGCUCGUCGGAUGAAUCCACAAGCGCCUGGCUUCUAGCGCCUCGCCUCGACCAUUUAUUCAUUCGUCCUGACGACGGGGUUCGUCCUGAAGGCGUGGAAAGCCGUCGUCUCAUCCGCUUGCUCUGGCCUCGUGUCCCGUCACAAAUGGGCACACGAGGCAGGCCGGAGCGCGGAGGGAAUGCGCUCAAGCCAACACAAGAUCAGACUAAACUGAGCUAA